UGUACCUAAAAACUCCCUCAAUAGUUGUGACCUCCGUCUUGUGCGCAUUCUGUAAUGUCGACAAGAAUCUCAAGCUGGAUGCGGUCUAUCGGCUUCAAAUAUAGACCAUUCCCCAUCGCUCCCGAGGUUUUCACAGCUCCCAAAUCCAAGUUCGCCGGCGCAGCAUACUAUCGCUCAACGAUGACAUCCUGGGCAUCAUUCUGUCGGAAGUCGAACGAUUCGAUGUACUGCAUCUAUCAGAAACGUGCCACACAGCGCAGGCACUCUUCCUACCGUAUCUACUGUCAGACGUGGUGAUAGACCAGUGGGAGCUCCCACUUGUUCAUGGCGGCGACAAAGAGCAGCUGGCCGGAUUCUGCGCUUUCAUGCUCGCGGACGUUCCACGUCGCAUGCCUCUCCUCACAGCUCUCAGUCUCACAAAAGAAGCGUUCAGAUUUGAACCCAGCGAUGAGGACGUGUGUGAGGAGGAUUGGAUCAUGGACUAUUCUGCUGCGUCGCAACUGGCCCUGGUCAUCCGACUCAGCCCGAGCUUGCGGAAGCUCUCCAUCCUCGACGCAGAAGGGGUUUUUUCCAAGGUCCCGGAGCUAGGAGAUGCAGUCGCAGGACUCACACGCCUCGACGACAUCCGUUUCGGUUGGACCCACGACUCGGAUGUCACUACCCACGAUGUCACUGUCGGGGUGCUUUCGCGCCUGAAGAGCCAGCCCCGAAAAGUCGAGUGUUACAUUCUUCAGACGGGUGUCGGUCUCAAUAGAGGCGAAGAUCGGUUCUUGGGAAGCUUCACCACUUCGGUGACGACACUCAAACUGCGCCGCCAUCCAGAGGUCAUCCUAACACUCGCACCGAAUACAUUUUGGCCUGCUGUUGAGAGCCUAGAGCUGGAGGGCGACCAGAACUCGGAGUUCUUCAUAAAUAAUCGGGCCCACUUCGCUCGCGCCUUUCCCAACGUGCGCCGCCUUAAGAUACUCGACCACAGCUGCCGCGUCCCUUCCACAUCCAUCCCCGCGACUGCGAACCAUUGGCGGAAUCUCGACUUCGUCUCCAUCUCUUCACCUCUCCCCGUCGGCCGACCCGUCCGCCAUCUCCACUACUCCGCGAACACAGCUUCGGUGCACUGGAGAAUCGAUCAGUACGCUAACGAUACCCAAGAGUUCCUGCGACAGUCUUCGCCCGUAACCCUCAGCUGCCGCGCACAACAAGACCUGGUUGAGUGGGUAGCUGCGACUGCGUCCUCACUCCGAGUUUUGCAACUGCAUUACGUGUGCAGGCCGCGCGGGCACGCGCCGGGUCUGGCGGACGACUCAGACAUGCGGGGUGUCAUAGACAUGUUUUGCCCGUACAUCGGAUUGCUACAACUUCGUGCCUUCUCUUUCAGUUUGGCCUUCACUUUACCGCUCGACGACGCAUCUGUUUUGCGACAUGCUGUCGCCAUCGCACUGCAUAUCCCGGCCCUUCACUACAUCGGCAUACAGCUGCAUGGGGGAGAAGAGUUGGAUGUUUUCCAAUACAAGUGGGCCCGCGUCGUUUCGCGUCCACAGCAGGGCGAGCCCGUCCUAGAGAUGGUGCCGGAAUACGAUGUGGAUGCCCUCGAGCGUACGCUCUUGGCCACUCCGCGAGACUGAAUGUUGUUAUGGGAAGUCUCUCGCGUUAUGGACGGGCAGAUGGUCCUCAUUUUAUGUUAGGUCUGCAUCCCUCGUCUC